GUCUUUCUCAAGGCUGAACCGAAAAUUAGCCGCUCCGUGUCAUCCAGCAUCCAACAUCCCACUCACCCUCACGCUCACCUCAAUUGCAAACUGCGGUCGUAGAUUCUGCCACCUUUACAACCCUUUCAACCCAUUCCAAGCGAUAGUAGAGAGCUACUCCUAUCGCCCGGCCUCCCUUCACAAUGUCUGGUCCAGAAGUCCAUCACCUCUUCCACCAGCCAAUCGCCGACCACUCCUUCUCCGCAGACCGGCAGACGCUCGCUGUAGCCAAAGAAAACACCGUCGAACUCUACGGCAAAUCCGGGUCCAAACUCGUUCUGAAAGAUGAACUCAAAGGCCAUGACAAGACGGUCACAGGUGUCGACAUUGCUCCCAACAGUGGCAUGAUCGUAACUUGCUCACAAGAUCGAAACGCCUACGUCUGGGAACCCUCGCCUACAGGCUGGAAACCAACCCUCGUCCUCCUCCGAAUCAAUCGCGCAGCCACAUUCGUCCGGUGGUCACCUUCCGAGAAGAAAUUCGCCGUGGGUUCCGGCGCGCGACUGAUUGCCGUAUGCUACUUCGAAGAGGAGAACGACUGGUGGGUGUCGAAGCACCUGAAGAAGCCGAUCCGGAGCACAGUGACGACUGUGGCAUGGCAUCCCAACAGCGUGUUGUUGGCAGCUGGGUCCACGGACUCCCACGCCCGCGUCUUCUCAGGCUUCAUCAAGGGUAUCGACGAGCGGCCCGAAGCGAGCGUCUGGGGUGAACGACUGCCGUUUAACACUGUGUGUGGCGAGUACCUGAACGACUCGGCGGGUUGGGUUCACGCGGUGUCGUUCUCGCCUAGCGGUGAUGCCCUCGCGUUCGCUUCUCACGAUAGUAGUAUCACCGUCGUGUACCCUAGUGGUCCGGACCAGCCGCCGCGAGCGAUGCUGAGUAUUUCGACGCAAACGUUGCCGUUCACGAGUUUGAUAUGGAACGGCGAGGCCGAGAUCAUCGCCGCAGGGUAUGACUGUGAGGCGUUCAAGUUCCGUGGCGGAGAAGAUGGGUGGGAGUUUGCGGGGAGUGUUGAGGCGAAGACCAGGCCUGGUUUGGAAAAUGCGAGAGAAGAGUCGGCGCUGCAUAUGUUCCGCCAGAUGGAUCUCAAGGGAAAAGUCAAGGAUGACACGGUUUUGAAUACGACGCAUCAGAAUACUAUCAACACUGUGCGUGUGUAUGAGGGGUCGGCUGGUGGUGUGCGCAAGUUCAGCACCAGUGGUGUCGACGGACGGGUGGUUGUUUGGACAGUAUAGAUGAUAUCAAAGACAUACGCUCAAGCAGCAGUUCAUACACAAGGUCGUAGUUGAACUGUCAGCACAAAAGCAAUAGAUUUGUAAAUCAUAGACCAGCUCUAUCUGCUCU